UAAUAAAGCCCUGAAUAUGGUACCCUCUUACGUAGGCGUGUUGUUGUGGGCCCCUGAGAGUUCACGUGACACACGGUGCAACACUACACCGUUCUAUUUGUCCUCACCUACAAAUCUGCCUCAGAGCGGGGCGGCUAGACUAACCCGCGGGUCCUAACCAUUGUUGUUGUUCUUCUCUGCUCGAUAGAAUGGCCACAGGAGGCUGGACAUGUGUGCUUUUGGUCGCCGUAACGUUUCAACUCGCCGUCUGUGUUGUACAGAAAGUGCGGCUGGCUGACGGAGACUCGGAGUCCGAGGGACGGGUGGAAGUGUUCGACUCGGACCGCUGGUUCACCCUGUGCGGGAACGACUGGACCAUCCCCGCCGCCAGGACCGUCUGCAGGGAGCUUGGCUUCGGGGAUGUCAAGUUCCCCAAGUCUACAUACGCCAUGGGAACGUCGUUCUUCGGGAAAGGAAGCCCGACGAUCUAUCCUCGAGGGUUUGACUGUUUGCCAGAUUCAACCUCCCUGUCCGAGUGCAGAGAGACGAGAGUCAGGUGUGGUCUCGGGGACGACGUGGCCAGUGUCUUCUGUAAAGACCGAGUUCGCCUUGCCGGAGGUGCAGUACCACAUCAGGGCCGCCUGGAGGUGCUGCGGGACGGUGCGUGGGCCACUGUGUGCGGCCGGAGCUGGGGAGACCCAGAGGCUCAGGUCGCUUGUCGCCAGCUUGGGUUUUCCGGCGCAGUUGACUGGAGGUGGUCGGAGCAGUACUUCCCCCGAACGCCAGAGGACGUUCCUACCCCGCUGUACGUGCUGGCCUGUAACGGCUCCGAGCGCAGUAUGCUGAACUGUAACAGACUGCAGGUGGGAGACUGCAGUCACUCCGAGGAUGUGGGUCUGCUGUGCGAAGGUCAGUUUUCAGCAUCUCCCCUCUAGUAGAUGU